AGCCUUCCGCGCUGCUUCCCUCCACCCUCUCCCCCCCUGUGUGUCCUCCCUGCCUGCAUAUUAAUAGGCCGGGGUAUCUUGCUGCUGAUAAAACGCAGUAGCUCAUCUUGCAGUGUCAAACUGCGCAAGGCAACUCUACUGUCAAGCUAGACAAGGGCUAGAGCUUGUGAGUAAUAUUGUCCAAGCAAGAUGGCUAAGCAAAAGAUUGUUCUCAAGUUGCCGUUGGAUGGCGAGAGGAACAGGAGGAAGGCCUUCAAGGCCGCUGUUGGCAUGGCAGGCGUGACAUCUGCGACGUUGGAGGGGGACAAGAUCAUCAUCCUCGGCGACGGCGUCGACCCGAUUGCACUGACGACGAUGCUCCGGCGUAGCCUAGGCAAAGCUGACCUCCUCAGCAUCUCAUCAGGUGAUGACAAGAAGAAAGAUGGCGGUUACGGCUACGGCUACGGCGGAGAAAAGAAGAAGGACGGCUAUGGCUACGGUGGUCUCGACGGCGGCGGCGGCGGCAAGGACUCCAAGGGUAACGGCGGUUACCAUCAGAAUGCGGUGGCGCCGAUUCCCUACCCCGCGUACCACCAGUACAACGCCAUGCCGUCCUACCCUGCUUACGCAUACGCUCCAUAUCAGCAACAGGAACAGGAUCCCGGUUGCAGCAUAAUGUAAGGUGCCGGGACGACAAGAGCUGGGGGAUUUCAAAAAGGGUUCAGGACGAGCUUAGAAAUCCUGAACUGAUCAAGCGAACUACGAUGAAGCAAGAGAUGGGCUGGCUGCUUGAGCUGCACGUAUAUGUACAUAGCUUGUGGAAUCAUCUGGAAUAGUUGUAUGUAAAUUCAGGUUUCAGUUCAGAUUGUACUAGUGUUGUGGUUUGAGCAAGAUUUGAAAGGGUGGACAGAAUAAAAGUACAUAGAACACUAGCCGUAACAAAAAGUACAUUCAAG